AUGUCCGGUGGACUGGAUCCGUUUUUGCUUCCACUCACGUUUAUCUUUUUCACUGCUUCGACAAUAGGAAUCGUGGGCAACACUAUUAUGAUUAUAGUAACCUUCAAAGCAAAGAGAACGAAAUCACCAUGCCACAUAAUGAUAGCCUUGACAUGUGUAGCAGAUCUCACCCACGAAGUGGGACAAUACCCAUUCGUCUAUCACUUCUACAGAAACGCCACGAUGAUUCAUUCAAACUGUUUUUGGCUGCAACUGAUUCCUAUGAUUGGAGCAUCUAUUGGAAGUCCUCUACUAUUAUGCCUGGGUCUAGAUCGCCUUAUUGCUGUGCGAUUUCCUUCCAGAUAUCGUUUUUUGCAAAUGGUGCCGUAUCGAUAUGUACUAUGCUCUGUAUCAGUACCUCUGGUAUACAGCUUAUACUUAGUCACGCUGGCAUUCUUGACUAAAGACCAAUCACUCGUUCAAUGUGCAGUACCUCAAAGCUUUGGUGUUGUGUCUUUCGAGAAGCUGAAUCAGAUUGGUGUUGGAGUGAAUGUUGGCAUAAUCGUAGUUUACGGUUUGACGUUUUAUCUACUCAAAAGGAGCAGCGCCAGUUCAAAAAUGAAGACGGUCUUCAAGUCCAUAGGCGUGACAGUGAUCAUUGUUAUAUGCGGAUGGUUACUCACUUUCAUGGCCAAUACUUUGGCUCCAGUCUUCACAAAAGAUCCCUACACAACAAUGGUGAUCAAUAUGUAUGCUGGUGUCUCAGUGAAUCUUGGACUUGCUUCGAACGUCUUUGUCUAUUACGCUAUCAAGCGAACAAAGUCACCAUGCCACAUAAUGAUCGCAUUGACGUGUGCUGCAGAUCUCAUCCACGAAUUGGGGCAGUUUCCUUUCGUCUAUCACUUCUACAGAAGCGCCACGAUGAUUCAUUCGAACUGUUUUUGGUUACAAAUGAUCCCUAUGUUUGGAGCAUGUGUUGGAAGUCCAUUUCUGUUAUCACUCGGUAUGGAUCGCCUUAUCGCCGUACGCUUUCCUUCCAGCCUCGUCCAAUGCUCAAUACCUGAGAGCUUUGGAGUUGUGGCUUUCGACAAGCUGAACCAGAUUGGAGUUGGUGUGAAUAUUGCGAUAAUCGUAGUUUAUGGCUUAACGUUUUAUCUGCUCAGAAGUAGCAGCGCCAUUGUGGCUUUCGACAAGCUGAAUCAGAUUGGAGUCGGAGUGAAUGUUGCGAUAAUCGUAGUUUAUGGUUUAACGUUUUAUUUGCUCAGAAGUAGCAGCGCCAGUUCAAAAAUGAAAUCGGUCUUCAAGUCUAUAGGAGUGACAGUGAUCAUUGUUAUAUGCUCAUGGUUACUCGCCUUCAUGGCCAAUACUCUGGCUACAAUUUUCUCAAAUGAUCUCUACACAACGGUUGUAAUCAAUCUGUAUGCUGGUGUCCCAGUGAAUCUUGGACUUGCAUCGAACGUCUUUGUCUAUUACGCUAUCAAUACCGAGUAUCGUGAAGUCAUCAAACAGAUGUUCGGAUGUAUUGGUGGCAAUACGUCGAAAAGGGGACCAGAAGUCAGUACAAUGCAUGGGCUUGCCUCAAGGUCCACCAAGUCAACCGGUAUCGUCUCAGUGCAUAAUUAA